UAUAUUCAUAGCAUUGGAAAAACAUCGAUUCACUGGUAACCAGCCUUUUUACGCCCUUUACCUCGUCGAUUCAAAGAUACAAACCGAUAAAAAAAAUCUAGGCGAAAUUUCCUAAUCUUUCCUAUUUUCUUUGAAAGAAAAUAUCAGGGCCGUUUGAUUUUCGAUCGGACGGCUCACACCCAGCCAUCUUCCUUCCGGCCCCACCCAAUCCACUCCCAGCCCAGCAGAGCUCCAGUACUCCCCAUUCCGUCCGUGCCUCCCCCUAACCCCAACCCGCCUCCAGCUUCGCGCCGCCUCCAAACCCCCACAGUCCGCCGCCGGCGGCCAUGCUCCUCCACCACCGCCUCCUACCUCGCCUCCUCCUUUCCCCCUCGACCCCGGUCACCACCACCCUGCUCGUCCACCGCACCUCCCUCUUCCCGACCCGCCGCAUCCUCUCGCCCUGCUGCUCCGCGCUCUCCCAAGUGGCGGCGGCGCCGGAAACCGUCGACCACUCCGACGGCGACGAGCCCCAGGGGGAUGUGCAGGUUCAGCUACCUCUCGACCGGCUCUUCGUGCCGCCCGGGGCGAGCGUGUCCGCGGGGGACGCCGAGGCGGUGACCGCGCGGGUCCUCAAGGGCUCCAACAUCGUGCUGGGCCCGUACGCGCGCGGCGACGCGAACGUGAUCGCCGCGGACUUCGUGAAGAGCAGCGUCCGCCCCGAUGACUGCCCCAGGGACGGGCUACCGGAGUUCGCCCUUGUUGGCCGGUCCAACGUCGGCAAGUCGUCGCUGCUCAACUCGCUCGUCCGGCGCAAGCGCCUCGCGCUCACUUCCAAGAAGCCUGGGAAGACACAAUGUAUCAACCAUUUCAAAGUAAACGACAGUUGGUACCUUGUUGAUUUGCCUGGUUAUGGGUAUGCUGCUGCACCACAAGAAGCUCGCACGAAUUGGGAUGAAUUUACUAGAAAUUACUUCCUCGGCAGGGAGAAUUUGGUAUCAGUUUUUCUCCUAGUAGAUGCAAGUAUUCCAGCUAAGAAGAUUGAUCUUGACUAUGCUAGCUGGCUUGGUCAAAACAAGGUCCCCAUGACGCUAGUGUUCACAAAAUGUGACAAACGCAAGAAGAAGAAAAACGGUGGCAAAAGACCGGAAGAAAAUGUAGAAAACUUCCAGAGCUUGAUCCGUGAAUAUUUUGAGGCAGCACCCCCUUGGAUCAUGACGAGCAGUGUCACCAAUCAAGGCCGAGACGAGAUACUUCUGCACAUGUCUCAGCUCAGGAACUAUUGGCUCAAGCAUUAAGAUGAAAUAAAAAUACUAAUACUAGAACUCAAGCAGCAGCAACGCAUGCAAACCCUGUUGCUCAUUGAUGCCUCGGCAAUUCAGCACCUUUGCAAUCAGGCCUUCACCAACUGACUUGCCUUUUGAGCUGUUGAUUGUAAACUAUUGCCUCUGUACAUGAUUACUCAAUCAACAGAUUGGAGAAUUGGGGAAUACAAACAAGCUGCUACAUCAACUACCCUAGGUUUUCUAUUUGUAUAUCGUACAAUCUCAGCUUUUUCUGUUUGUUGUUUUCUGAUUAUAAGCUGGAGCAUUCUGUUGGUUAAAAACAACUGCUAUCAGCUGGUCAUGAUUGGGAAUCCCAGUUUUUGUUUGUUAUGUGCUCCCUUGGACCCUGCAUCACACACAUGGCAAGGAGUACAUGCAUGAUGCAUUUGACAUGUUAAAGAAUGAUUUGUGUGAUGUACAGAGUAUUGAAAAUGCCAUAUUAUUGGGAUAUAUUAUACAAUGUUUUCUUUUA